GACAAGCCAAAGGAUGGCCUUGCUACACAGGAAGCAGCUUCUUGAUUGCCUAUGUAAAAUGGGAAGCAGUCAAAAAGCAUCUUGAUUGCUUCUUGACUGCUUCUUGAUGGCUUCUCUUCUGCUUCCUGUAUCUUUCAGCAGGUGUGCAUCCUGCAAGUUGGGCUUGCCGCUCCUAAAGCCUGAGCCUCUUGUGGCCUACUCCUGUGGCUUCUCCUCUGGAGCUUUCUCCUUGUUGCUACAGAUACUGGGUGUCUACUAGCUAGAUGUGUUCGCCGUCACGACCCGGAAACGCGACUCCCAACUCUAAAUGCAAUGACAAAUAUUUUUAAAAAAAUGCAAGUAUCCCAGACUGAGAGUUUCGAAGGGCUUCUCCGAGGGUAGUCUAGCUAGCCAAGGGCUUCUCUUGUCAUCAAAUUCCCGACUGCAAUGUGCAAGCCAUCAUUGGCAACAGCCUCAGUAUUGUGACCCGCCCUCAAGCUCCUUCCCAUCGCAUCUGCUGGAGACCGACCCUACGAAAUUUCCCCUGUAUGCCAUAGUGGAUAGCUGCUCAGCAUUGUGGAUCUAUGAAACUUCCACGAGCUAGCUAGCUAGCUAGCCAGGGUUGGUACGCUAAUAUCUUGGCUUCGCAUCAUUUGUUUGGUCGCCUCGCCCUCGGCUCGAUCAUGAGAAGCCGACCAAAGCCUCUGCUCUCACGAAAAAGCCGCAUCAGAGCCUAGUGCAAAGACGUACCCGUCCGGUAGCUAGCAACGAACCACCAUCUAUACCUUGCUGCUUGCAUUUAUUUCAUAACCUAGCUUGUUGGCUGUAUAGCUGAGCAACCAACCAUGAUGAUGGGAAACAAUAACGAAGCCAGGAGUGGCACCUUUGGAGCGCACGUGCUAGCUGCGUCAUUCUUCCUUGGCUUUGGAGUAUUCUUCCUCGUUCUUGACUUGCAGCGAGCUCGAGCCUGUUUGGAGCGUGGAGAAUCCUUUUGCAAGCUGCAUGUCCCCGAGAAGAAUCGAGCUCUUUUGCGUCGUGCAGGCUUGGUCCUGUUCACAGUAUCCAUGACGGGGGUCUUGCUGGAUGGUGUUGUUGCUUUUCUGUAUUUGCGCAACUUUUUCUUUCAGUUGUUGCACCAGACUCUGUACCUUUCGUUUGGCUUUGUGGGGUUCAUUGCCUACCUAGAAUCCAAACGGCGUCUUCCCUUGGACUCUUCUAGGGUUGCUUUGGCAAUCGCUUUACUCUUGUUCCAUCUCGUGAUGAGCGCCCAUGCCAAAAUGAAGCCGGGAAGCACCGAUGCGGCCCUCCAUGCCGUGAUGGCCAACCUGUGCUUGGUGCAUGCCUUGAUCUAUGCCUUCUCUGUUUGGAAUCCCAAGAGUCUGGUGGCCUAUGUGAUGACCCAUGCUCUCCUUGUUGUGCAAGGAGUUUGGCUCGUUACGUUGGGCAGCUUUGAGUGCUGCAUGGAUAUCCCUUUGCAUCUGGUGGAGACCCUCUUUUCCUUGGAGCUGCUGACCGUCUUUGCCGCCAUUGUCGUAACGGCUAUCACGGUGUUGCCACCCCUGGAGGAUGAAGAUGGCGCCGCGCCCUCGGAGCACAAGAACGGACCGAACUCGGAAGAAUACGCCCAGUUGGUGCCCGCUGCGUCCGUGUUGGUCGAUGACAGCGUCUAGCCAGAGCAAAAACUCAUUGCGUGCUUCUACAUGUAACAUCUCGACCCCAAAAACCAAGUUAUAUCCAACGUGCCCGAAGCGAUCCCGUCGCGAAGCGAUCCCGUCGUCAUCCUGUAGCUCCUUGUUACGACUCUCUAGACAGUAAAACUAAGCGUUUUUAUUUUGAUAUU